AUGGUUGGGACUUUGAUCGCGACCGGUUUGUGGAGAUUGAGUGGUGGGCAAUUGGUUGGAAGUGGAAGUAUGGAGAUUGCGGCAGCUUGUAAGGAUAGAUGA